AUGGGUGACGACAAGAACUUCAUUCGACAAAUGGAGAACGUAUCUCUUGCAGACAACAUUUUGGAUACUUUAACAGAAUCGCAAAAUGCCAUUGUGGAGAAACUUCAGCAGCUUCAAAAAUCUCGCGAUGAUUUGGAUUCCAGUUAUACCCGCGAGCUCAACGCUCUCAGAGCCAAGUAUGAUGCGUUGUAUCAACCUGUUUAUGAUAAACGCGCUGAAAUACUAACAACACCCAAUGGAUCAGACUAUGGGACACCGGCAUUACCACGCUUCUGGUUGAUUGCAAUGAAAAAUAAUAGUACCCUCCGCAGCAUUAUCGAAGCGGCAGAUGAACCCAUACUGGCAUAUCUAAAAGAUAUGAAGGCAGAGUUUCUAGAGCCAUUGAAACAAGAGAGCUUUAAGAUCACUCUGUUCUUCGACAAAAAUCCCUACUUCUCGAACAAGUUUCUCACAAAACAGUACAACAUGAGCAUAAUAGAUGGUGAAACUGAGGCCUUAUUACAAGGCACCGAAUCCACCACUAUUGACUGGUUUCCAGAUCAAGAUGUAACCAAGCAAACGGUUAGUCGAGUGCAACGACACAAAACUACUAAGGAAAGGAGAACAAAAACCGAAGUUGAGGAGAAGCCUAGCUUCUUCCGAUUCUUCACUAGCCAACAGGUCCCUUCCAAUGAGAGCUUGAGCAGGAUGACAAAGCAGCAGAUAGCAGAGUUAGAAAUGUAUGUGGAGGAGGAUUAUGAUAUUGGUAUAAUACUGAGGGACAAGAUUAUUCCUGAAUCAAUCUACUGGUACUUGGGUAUAGCGGAAGAUGAGGAUCUUGAGGAUGAUGAAGAUGUAGAUGAUGAGGGCGAUGAUGAUGAGGGAGAUGAUGAUUCAUUCCAGCAAUCUUACUCAGACUACUCCGACUCAUCAUAA